GUAUGGCAGAACAUUCACGUUUGGCCCAUGGACGUGGUCGAAGCGGGCAGUAGUAGCCACCACCGCAUUCCAUUUCACAUACAAUCGUGGCUGGACGACGUUGAGAAUUUCGAUACCGCUGAAGUUGGAAUGGUGGACUUUUCGUUGGAGGAUAGGGGUGGGUACAUUGGAAUUGCAACUGGAAUGAUAACCCGAGUGGGUUGUGGUCGGGCGUUGUACAGUGUUGAGACGUGGUACCACCACCACCAGGGGAUGGGAAAUUCACUGUCGUCGAUGGGGAACGGCUUGGAGAUGCACGGAGUGAACAACAACUCAACUGCACCAAGUGCCAACCUACACUCGACUGAUACCGGUAACCGACUCGAGGUUCUCGUCUGCAAUUACGGACCUAUCGAUCGUACAACACCGGGGAAUCUCUACGAGGAUGGAAUGCCCAGUAGUUGUCCCAUGGGAUUUCAGACAAGUCCGAGAUAUGAACAUUUGUGCUCUGCGACAGACGAACAAGAUGACGAACACUGGGAACCGAGUGUACGUAGCGCCAGCAUGGGCCAGCAUUAUGCGGCAUCUCUACUUUUAUUUGCACUUCACAGAUCACUCGUGGAUCUAUUGUCUGAGCGAUAA